AUGGCUGCUAAUGAUAAAGCUAGUAUUUUUCGUGGACACAGAAAUGUUUCAAGUUUUUCACCAUCUUCAUCAACCGUAACAAACAAUAAUGAAGAACAACAGAAGGUAUGUAAUUGGGUUUUUUAAUUAUAUUUUAAAUCCCGAACGUUGUGAAAUGAGUAGAGGUGAGAGGUAAGAGUGAGUUGAGCUUUGUCUAUAUAAAAAUUAUUCUUAUAUUACAUCAUUAUUAAGAUAAGGAUAUAUGAAAACUACAAUUUUAGUGUUAUUUAAAAAAAAAUAAUUAUAUGAAAUAAAAAAACUAUUAAUUACUUUAACAGUUCUUGUUGAAAACGAAUUGAUUAGAAUGUUUGCACCGUCAAACACAAAAUAGUAUUAAAUUUUUCAAAAGAUACUAUGUACUGUCAUGUGCUCUUCAAUUAUGUGCAUCAGUACUACAAUACAUGAGAGUGUGGAAGCUAAUGAGAUGAGCUAACCUGUACUUUGUUACCUUACUCUUGAUGGUUCCCUCUUGAAUUGUGGCGAAUAUUCGAAUUCUAACGAGGAAAUUUUUUCAGUUGAUUAAUCGUUUUUUUAAGUUGGGGCUAUUUGUGUCUUGUAGACUCUAAUGGAAUAUGAAUAUUGCGAAUAGAGUUCAGAUCCAUAGUUUAUCGCUGUAGACAUACUGCAUUUAUCGCAGUAUUUUUCACUAAAAUGACUUAGUCGAACUCAAAAACACCAGGACAAUUAAUCAUCGCAUUUCAGUUUGAAACUUAUUACUAAGACAAGCCUUAACAAGAACAGUUAAUCGUGAAAAUCUCAAGCGAUUUAAUCGUUUUCUGUCCUGAAAUAUGCACAACCGAUCUACAGACGUAUAUUAGCAAUCUAAAAGAUGUGCUUUUAUCAUAACUGUAUCUCGAAAUAGAAGCAAUAAAAAUAUCCGAAAGUUUCAAGUCUCAAUUCGGAAAUCAGUUUUUCUGAUAUUCCUGAGGGUGGGUGUGGGUGUGGGUGGGG